AUGGACGGAUGCUCUCGUGCGACAGACUGCCCUAAGACCGAGGUCAACGGCGUAGUGUGGCCGGCAACCAAGUCGGGUGAGAAGGGCGCGGCCCCGUGUCGGGUCGGCUACAGCGGCCUGCGAUAUGCGCUGUGCAAGGAGGACGGGACUUUCUCCAACUACAUCGACGACAGCCAAUGUGUGGCCUUGCCGCAAGAUUGCAAGGACACUAGUGGCCUCUGGACUCCGGUCCCGGAUGGCACUGUGCAAUGGGCUUCAUGUCCGUACGCAUUCACCGGGAAACGGUCGGCCAAAUGUGUCAACGGCCAGUUCGUGAUCGAUCAAUCCCAGUGCAUCCCUAAGCCUACGCAAUGCCUGGAUAACGGCACGUUCCCCACCAGAGGCAUCAACUAUACGGCAACGGCAUCAUGCCCUGCGGGCUACACCGGCAGUCUGCUCGGGACGUGCAUAGAUACCGGCAUCUGGGAUACAAACACGUCAGGAUGUGUGCCGAUGACUUGCCCAUCGGACGGCGUUUUCGCAGACACGAAGGUGGACAUGCCUGUGUCGGCGCCCUGUCCCACCGGCUACACGGGACAGCAGACCUCGAAGUGCGGGACGAACCUCAAGGUCGAGCCGGCCGACAGGAGUAAGUGCGUGGGAUCUCCUCGCGACUGUGGGACGGAUGUGCACGAUGUCCUGGCGAUGUCCGAAAGCACGCUCGACUUCGGACACAAAACAUAUAGAGCGAAGAGCGAUGAAUCAACAUGA